UUCUCGCUCUCCCCUUUGUCGCAGAGCCAAGGGUUUCCGACUCGAAGCAACGAAAGCUUCCAUCCGAACUGGGCAGCAACGAUCGCUAGGGCAUUAGGAGAGGCGUAAGGGAAGAAAUCCGAGGGAUGGAAAGACUGCAUCGUAUCUUCUCAGGCGCCGGCGGGAUGGGCCACCCGCCGACCGAUUCCCCUCAGCUCGACUCCGCCGAGCAGGUCUACAUCUCCUCUCUCGCUCUCCUCAAGAUGCUCAAGCACGGGAGAGCUGGUGUUCCCAUGGAGGUGAUGGGGCUCAUGCUGGGUGAAUUCGUUGACGAGUACACCGUUAGGGUCGUCGACGUCUUCGCAAUGCCGCAGAGCGGGACGGGCGUCAGUGUCGAGGCAGUUGAUCACGUCUUCCAAACCAACAUGCUUGACAUGCUGAAGCAGACGGGAAGACCUGAAAUGGUUGUCGGAUGGUACCAUUCUCACCCAGGCUUUGGUUGCUGGCUUUCUGGUGUUGACAUAAACACACAGCAGAGUUUUGAAGCCCUCAAUCCAAGGGCGAUAGCUGUUGUAGUAGACCCAAUCCAGAGUGUAAAGGGGAAGGUGGUUAUUGAUGCUUUUCGCUUGAUCAAUCCUCAGACAAUGAUGCUUGGCCAGGAACCUCGCCAAACAACGUCCAAUGUUGGGCAUCUCAAUAAGCCAUCCAUUCAGGCACUUAUCCAUGGAUUAAACCGGCAUUAUUAUUCAAUUGCAAUAAAUUAUAGGAAGAAUGAGCUUGAGGAGAAAAUGUUGCUCAACCUGCAUAAAAAGAAAUGGACUGAUGGUUUGAUACUUCGGCCAUUUGACACUCAUUCCAAAACCAAUGAGCAGACAGUCCAGGAAAUGUUGGAUCUGGCUAUCAAAUAUAACAAAGCAGUUCAGGAGGAGGACGAGCUUCCACCUGAAAAAUUGGCCAUCGCAAACGUUGGAAGGCAGGACGCCAAGAAACAUCUGGAAGAGCAUGUGUCAAACUUGAUGUCGUCCAACAUAAUCCAGACUCUAGGGACCAUGUUGGACACUGUCGUAUUUUAGAGCACGACUUUGGAUUUCUUACCGAGACAAUCCUCCACGGAACGAUCAGAUAUAAUUUAUUCAUGCUGCCUGUGUUUUGCUACAAAGAAGAGACGGUAAUACUAGUUUAUCAAUUGAUCAAGGAUAAUGCUUGCAAGCUAGACCUUAAACUAUCAGGCAUUCGUGGGGAAGGUUAUACCAACGUUACGAAGGUUAUUCUUUAUGUUCUAAUGGAAUUUCGUCAUUUCAUAAUACUGUAACUAAAUUGCUAAAUUUGAUGAGUUGCUUGUAUUUUUGGACUCGCCCCUUCCAACUCAAUGCUUUUAUUCCAUCUAA